AGAUCUAUUCUCUAUUACGUUCAUUAAUCAUUUGUCGUCUGUGCUCUAUUGUAUUUAUUAUUCUGUGUGUACUUCAUACUGAAUUACUGAAUAUCAAUAAAAAAAUAAAAAUUAAAAUCAAGGAAAAAAGGAAACCAAGGGAUUUGCAUAAAAAUAAAUCAAAAUCAUGUCUGAUUCGGAAGAGGAAGAAGUCAAAUUAAAGGAUUUUAAUGAAAUAUCUGAUGAAAUAGAGCGAUGCAAGAAAAAUCCAGAAACAUCUGGCAUGUUUGUAUCUGGUUGGGAUGAUGCAGAUCAGGAUGUUGAUGCUGUAAAAAAUCCAAAGGAGAAUCCAAUUGAUCAUGUUUUGUGGGCAGCUGAAAAUGGAGAGCUUGAAUCUUUGAAAGAACUUGUAACAAAACAACCAGGGCUUGUUCAUGCCAGGGACUCUGAUGGUUACACACCCUUACACAGAGCUGCUUACAGUAACCACAUAAAUAUAAUCUCAUAUUUACUAAGUGUUGGGGCAAACAUUAGUGCCAAAACAGAACUCGGGUGGACACCUUUGCAUUCUGCCUGUAAUUGGAAUAAUUAUGCCUCUGUUGCAAGACUUUUAGCAGCUGGAGCUGAUCCUACUGCUUUAUCAGAUGGAGAACAAACUCCUAUGCAUUUAGCAGCCGCUAUGAGUCAUUGCAAAUCUACAUUGCUUAUUUUGCUUCUUAGAGAAGAUCUUGUGGACACGGCCAGGAGACCUAAUAAUUCUGAAGAAACUCCUGAACAAUUGGCUCGAGGUCAUGGUAUCUAUGCCACUCUAUUUGAUAUGGUUAUACCAUCAGCAUCCCAUAUCAGAUCAUUGUCAUUCACUUGCAAUCCAUAUGUAAGAGCACAGAAUGAUUGAAAUUGGCAGAGUUUAAUAAAUUUGUAUUUAAGUUCAAAGUACAGUCAUAUGGAUGGGAUAUAUAAAAAACUAAUAGACGCCCCGCGUUUUAACAUAACACUCACAAAUAACGUGACUUUCUAGUGUUAAAUACAUUUUCAAAAUUGGUUCAGUAGAUCCAGAGAUUACUCCCUAGGCCCCUACAACAACAAACUUUACCUCUUUAAAAUAUUAGUAUAGAUGUAGGUUAAUUAAUCUUAAGUUAAAAUUAAAACACAUAUAUUCAAAAUAUAAAUUAUAUUAUCACAAUAAAUAAUUCAAGCUCUCAAAA